AUGUCAGUGACUAUGUAUGCUGAAAUGUUUGAAGAUAUGGAUGCUUAUUCUCGACAGGUCGAGCAAUGCUAUGUGGCUAAGAACAGUUUGAAGAAAGUUCAAGAAGAAAUGGAUCAAUUUAGGAUAGGACGGAAGGACCAGGGAAUGCCGGGUAACCAGUUUAGGCCUAGACCUAAAUCUUUCAAAGGAAAACAAGUGCAUCAUGCAAGACCUAACCAUCCUCCGCAAUGUCAAAGGGAGGGAUACAUGGCUAGGGAUUAUCCUCAAAAUUGGAAUAAGAUGCAAGGAAGGAACACUGGUCGAGUUUAUACUUUGGAUGCAAGGAAGGCUAAGAGCAACAAUGCUUUGAUUACUGGUACGUGUCUCAUCAAUGAUCACCCUUGUUUGGUAUUGUUUGAUUAUGGGGAAACACAUUCUUUUGUAUCAAUUCAGUGUAUGAAGUGUCUUGGCUUGAAAGCAAUUCCUUUGCCUCCUCCUAUGGUGGUUACUAUCGCCAUCGAUGAUGUGGUUAAUGUGGUUUUGGGGAUGGAUUGGCUUUCCGCCAAUUCAGUGUUUAUUGGAUGUAAAGAGAAGUUAAUCAUCAUUCCAUCUAGUGAAGCUACUCCAAAGUAUGUAUUAACUACUAUCUUGGAAGGUACGGUUGGCAUGGUUAUUUUCUUAUUUGAGAAGAAAAAGGCAGUUCUCUUGGUUCUCACCGAGGAACCUAGCGACAAUCUAAAUGUUACACAAAUUCCUAUAGUUUGUGAAUUUCCAGAAGUUUUCCCUGAGGAUGUCACUUCUCUUCCUCCUGAAAGGGAAGUUGAAUUCUCUAUUGGAAGAGUUGUUAACCAAGCACUUCAUCCGACCAAGUGUCUCACCAUGGGGAGCUCAAGUGUUAUUAGUGAAGAAGAAGGAUGGUAG